UCCGUCGAAAAACGUCUUCGAAUGAGGACCGCUAUAAAAUUCUGAUCGAACAAAAUCACAAAAUCAAGUGAAAACAAAAACAAUUUUAAACUUAAAAAAAAAAAAAACUAAACACCCAGCCUCACGAAACAUCAUAAAGAUUACAACAUUUCGUAAUACGCAAUGUUAGAAUAACUAUUUUCUCAACAAUAUUGGUAUAGGUACAAUGCGACGGGUUACGAAACAGUGCGCCGCGGCGGCCUUAACCUUCGGUGUGCUGUGUGCGGUCACGCCCUGUUUGACGGCUGUCAACGUGCUGGCCAUCGAACCGCUGCCGGCCCUGAGCCAUUGGACGUUUAUGCGGUCGGUGCUCAUUGCGAUGGCCACCGGUGGCCGUGGCCACAACGUGACGGCGUACACACCGUUCGCAUCGUCGUCAGCGGUAACUGCUGGCGUCUGCAACGGCGGCCCAAUCGGCUGCGGGUACGUGGAAAUACCGUUGCAGCUCGACGUACCGGACAAAGUCGCGCUGGACGUGCGGACGGCCGUCGCCGAUUUCGCGGACCAGUGGCGGUUCGUGGGCAUCGCCGUGGACAAGAGUAGGACCACGUGUGACCGGCUGGACCGGAUGGCGGCCGCCGGUCACUUUUCUGGCGUCCGGUACGACCUGGUGGUCGCCGAGCUCGUGUCGUCCGAGUGCACGUCCCGCGUGUCCGGCGCCCUGGGCCGAGUGCCUCUCGUGUACGUUUUCCCGUCGCCGAUGGCCUCGUGGGUGGAGGCAAAAGCGCUGGGAACCAGCCCCGGCCCGUCGUACGCCAGCAGGCUGUUCGCCAGGUACGCGACGCCMGACACGUUUGCCAGGCGGCUAGAGAAUGCGUACGGUUGGACCGUGAUGGCAGCGCUACAAUGGUUUCACGAGCGAGACGACGAUCAGGCUGGUUACCGCAAGCCCGCCGUCACGUUCGUCAACACGGAUCCGGCUGUGGAAAAACCAGUGGCCGUCGUCCGAAACAUGAUAGGCGUCGGCGGUGUCCACCUGCGGCCGCCCGAGCCAAUACCGUCGGAUAUUUUAAAAUUUAUCGAGGAAUCAUCAAAUGGAGUUAUUUUUUUUACAUUUGGUACUGUAGUCGCAUUGUCAACAUUACCAGCCCAUAUUCAAAUUGCUUUCAAAAAYGCAUUAGCAGAAGUUCCUCAAAGAGUGUUGUUGAAGUAUGAAGGAGAAAUGAUGGAUAAACCAAAAAACGUGAUGACAAGAAAAUGGUUGCCUCAACGAGAUAUACUGAAGCAUCCAAAUGUAAAGUUAUUCAUCGGUCAYGGAGGUAUCUCAGGAGUCUACGAGGCUGUAGACGCUGGUGUUCCGAUCCUUGGAUUCCCUUUGUUCUACGAUCAACCAAGAAACAUGGCAAAUUUGGUUGAUGCGGGUAUGGCGUUGUCAAUGGACUUGUUUUCAGUGACCAAAGAUACACUUUUAAAUUCAAUCAAUGAAAUUGUCAACAAUGAAACGUACUCAAAAAAUGCUAAGAUUACAUCGGAACUGUUUAAAGAUCGACCAAUGUCGCCGRCCGAAUCGGUUGUUUACUGGACGGAAUACGUUAUUCGUCACAAAGGUGCAUCGCAUCUGAGAUCUCACGCAUUUUAUUUGACAUGGUAUCAAUAUUUUUUGCUGGAUGUUAUAGCAGUUGUAUUGUUGGUUAUUAUAUCAGUUUGUUUCAUUGCGUUUAAAACAUUGCAGUUGAUAAAAAAAAUUAUUUUUAAAUCAUUAUCGAAAUCGAAAUCAAAACCGAAUUAAUUUUAAGGAUUUUGUAUUUAUCUGUGUUUUAAAAUGUGAUAUAUUAUAUCAAUAAGUUCCGAUACAUAAAAUUUUCAAAAAAUUGCCCUCUUUAAAUUUCAUGUUUUUAAAUAGUUACACUACUUAUAGAAUCACAUGGCCUUUUAAUUUGCCUAAUCAUAAAUAGUAUGAUAUAUAUACAUAUAUACAACAUGAUUAUUGUUCGUUUGGUUAUAAAUGGAUACCUAA